GACGUGCACGCGCGCUCUGCAGAAACACUCAGCAGGAGCCAGGGACAUGUGCAGCUCCAGCGCGGGAGCACAUUUACUUCACAAAAUAAGUCAGUAUUGAGAUGAUUUGAACCGUCUCCAUCAUGUCUCAUGCUGAAGUAGAGUUCGCCGGACGCGCUUUCCCAGCUUUACCUGUUGAAUUAGAGGACGACUGUCUCUCCAGAGUGCCAAUGCUGCGCACACACUCCUUAAGCGCAAGGAGAAACUCAUACGUGCUCCAUAAACUCGACCCUCAGAUAUACAAUGAGACGCUCUCCAAAGGUUUAUCGUGGUCUGCAGAAAACAUACUGCUGUCUGCAGACUCCAAAACAGACCCUUCGCCUCCAAUGUCUCCAUCUCCAGUGUCCAGCCCGGAGUCUGUAACACCCAAUGCGGAUUCAGCAGCUCCGGAGGACUGGAGAAGCCCCGUCCAGCAGCCUCGGUCUCCUCAGGAUGCUAGUUCUGAUUCGGAUAAUGAGGGAACAAAAGGGGAGAACGCAGUCCGACGGCGGCAGUUUUUAAGCAGGCUGGAGCAGGAUGAGAAAGAGGACAUCGAGACCAAAGCUGUGGCUACAUCACCUGAUGGACGAUAUCUGAAGUUUAAUAUUGAAAUCGGGAGGGGGUCUUUUAAGACGGUCUACAAGGGACUGGACACCGAGACUACAGUGGAGGUGGCAUGGUGCGAGUUACAGACUCGCAAACUGAGCAAAGUGGAGCGUCAGCGCUUCAGCGAAGAGGUCGAGAUGCUCAAGGGUCUCCAGCAUCCAAACAUCGUGCGCUUUUACGACUCCUGGAAGUCCAACGUCAAAGGCCAGAAGUGCAUCCUGCUGGUCACUGAGCUCAUGACUUCUGGCACUCUCAAAACGUAUCUGAAGCGUUUUAAGGAGAUGAAGCUGAAGCUCCUGCAGCGGUGGAGCCGGCAGAUCCUCAAGGGGCUUCACUUCCUGCACACACGCUCUCCUCCCAUCAUACACCGGGACCUGAAGUGCGACAACAUCUUCAUCACGGGGCCCACAGGAAGUGUGAAGAUCGGGGACCUGGGACUGGCCACUCUCAAGAGGGCCAGCUUUGCUAAAAGCGUCAUAGGAACUCCUGAAUUCAUGGCUCCUGAAAUGUAUGAGGAGAAAUACGACGAGGCGGUGGACGUUUAUGCAUUUGGCAUGUGUAUCUUGGAGAUGACCACAUCCGAAUACCCAUAUUCAGAGUGCCAAAACGCUGCCCAGAUUUACCGCAAAGUUACCAGUGGUAUAAAGCCGGACAGUUUCCACAAAGUGAAAGUUCCUGAGUUGAAGGAAAUCAUCGAAGGCUGCAUCCGCAUGAACAAAGAUGAAAGGUACACCAUUCAGGACUUGCUGGAGCACACCUUCUUCCAGGAGCACAACGGUGUCCAUGUUGAACUGGCCGAAGAGGACGACAUGAUCAAGUCCGGCCUGAAGCUCUGGCUCCGCAUGGACGACACUAAAAAGCUCCACGGAAAGUACAAAGACAACAACGCCAUCGAGUUCCUGUUCGAGCUCUACAAAGACGUGCCGGAGGAGGUGGCGCAGGAGAUGGUGGUUUUGGGCUUCGUUUGCGAGGCAGACUACAAGCUGGUGGCCAAAGCCAUGCGAGACCGCGUGACGGCCAUCAAACGCCAGCGGGAAAAACAUCGGCGACUAGCAGAAGAGCAGCAGAAGAAAAAGGAAGGGAUCAUUGAGGAAGAACCCGAGCUGCUGUCUCCCAGAUCCACCGUUCAGAUGUCUGAAACCCCUACUCCAUCUCCCGUGCAGAUCCCAUCCACUCCUGUCUUUCCAGAGCCCGUCCGCUCUCCUGCUACUGGAUCAUCAGAUUUUGGGAUUAACGGGGGCUUCCCACCGGAACCAGAGGAACCAGAGGCUGAUCAGCACUUCCACAUCCGACAAACGAGCUGCUCCUCAGCAACCUCCGACUGUGAGACUGAUGGAUAUCUCAGUCCCUCUGGAUCACAGGAUUGUACCGAGGCUUCAACAGGGAACGUUAGCUAUUCUCCAACCCUCCUCUCCCAGCCGGCCACACCCAUUGAUGCCCCGCCCAUUAUUAGCCCACCAAUCCCAGCUCUCCGUUUCCCUUCAAGUAUUGCCGUGUCUGCCAAAACUGAAAGAGGACCACUCAGCCCUUUCUCCUCACCUGUAGACAGCUAUGCCUCAGAUGUGACGUCAGGCUUGAGCGAUGGCUACGAGGGACAGUCGGAGCGAGGCAGUAAAGCUGCUGCCAGACGCACAGCAGGGAAGCUGUUUAGGAGGAGAACGCGGUCCCGCCUGCGCAUUACAGGGUUGUCUGAUAAAGUGGACCGGGUGGUUGAAUGUCAGCUACAGACUCACAAUGAUAAGAUGGUCACCUUCAAAUUUGACCUCGAUGGCGACAACCCUGAAGACAUUGCUGCGGUAAUGGUGCAUAAUGAGUUCAUCCUGCCGUCGGAGAAGGAAGGUUUCAUCUACCGCAUCGCUGACAUUAUAAAACGAGCAGAGUCGAUGAUGAAGAAGGAGUCGUUGGGUCAUCAUGAAAGCCAUGGAGGCUCCCGUCCCUCGUAUAUAAACAACGUCAACUCACUGUCCGCUUCUCAGCCAAACCUACACAGUCUGGCUCGAGCUCAUUCCUCUUCCUCUCUACCAGCGGAGUUGGGUCUGGGCUCCGGGGCCAGGGCUUCUCCUCUGGGAGCCGCUGGAGACGUUACCUCAUCCACACGUCCACUCUUACGCUCGCAGUCUUUCCAUAACGCUCCAGGUUCUCAUCACCCUCAUCACAUCCUGCCAUCCUCAGUCUACCCUCCUGAUCCCAGAAUGCCUCACUCCAAUCUACCUCACAUGCAGCAAUACAUUCCCUCUUAUAUACCCGCCGGCACACACUUCCCAUUCCCCUACCCUCCUCACCCGGGCUCCCCAAAACCAGCGCACACUCCUCUAUCCCGCGUCCACAGCAGUCCCGCAUACACCCUCUCCUCCACCCCUGCGUCCCCCGGUCUGCUGAGCUCCGAUAUUCCUCCAGACAUCAGCAUGAUGUCUCCGGCUCCAGGCAUGUGGCCGCCGCACACACAGCCUCUGUUUUCUCUGGCUAAUGUCUUGUCUAUGGCGAUGAGCAUGGCGCAUUCCUUCAUGCCCCCGCAGAACCUCGCGCAAACCAUGCCGGGUUUCCAGCCGGGUUAUCCUGCCAUGUUUGCACCCCAGUAUCCUCCAUCUCAGGAGUAUUACCAGACUGUAGACUCCCAGUUUCGAGAUUCUCCAAUGUCGCCUCCAAGUAGAGCAUCUUCAGCUCCUGCCACAGGUGUCUCCAGAUCAGUCCAGCAGGAAGCGUCAGCACGGGAAGGAGCGACGUUUGCCAAUGAAACCUGUAAGGAUAAUCCUCCGGACUUCAGAUCUGCUUCCUCCAGGCUCCUACUGGAGCAUCGGAGCAGUCCUGGAUCAUCAUCGGGACGCUCGUCUUCACCCCGAGCGAGUCCUGACAGCAGGGUGUCGUCAUCUAGUCCUCGAUCAUUGUCCCCGCUGGCAGCGCUCGAGACUACCAGAGCCACACAGAGCCGAGAAAACUCUUUACCAUCUGGGAGCCAGUGCAGAGAGGCUUUUACUGAGCCAAAGUCGACUGUGACUGUGGGCCGUUUUCAAGUGACCCCCAGUAAAGAGAUUCCCGCUCCAUCCAGAUGCUCCGAAAGCGAAAACACACCAGCCCAGACUCCAUCUGUCCUCCAUUCGGAUAAUCCCAUCAGGCCCCUGGAUCAGCCUUUUUCAGCUCAAAAUCCUCCUCAGUGUGAUUUAUCGAUUUCUUCUGAGCCGCCCGAGGCCCGGAGCAAUCAGGGAAACCAGGACAGAGACAGACAGGAGGUUAACGAUGACGAUGAUUAUGACGAAGGUGAAGAUAAGAAGCAGAGGAGGAAAAGGAAGGGACGCAGGGUGGACUGCGGCCCGGGUCUCAUGGGGACUUCGGUGGACAGCGGUUUUUCGGUGUGGGACGGACACGCAGGCAGCCCUCCGUAUGCCACGCCCCUGCACAACCUGUGGAUGAGCUACACCAGAAGCUCCUCCUACAUGAGCAGCGACGAAUCUGAGAGCGAGGAUGAGGAGAUGUGGGAGGAGCUACAGCAGCUCAGGGAGAAGCACCUGUGUGAGGUUCAGUCUCUGCAGACGGUGCAGAAGCGAGAGAUUGAGGAGCUGUAUGCAAAGAUGGGCAAGGUUCCUCCUCCGUGUAUCGUGUCUCCAGCAGCGAUGCUGUCCAGCCGCCAGCGCAGACUGUCUAAAGGAGGAAACUUUCCGUCAUCUCGCAGGAACAGCCUCCAGAGGCUCGACAUCCUCCCUUUAACAGGCAUCAUGAGGAAGAACUCUCUUAGCGGCGACAGCAGCAGCAGUUCACAGGAGGGCUCACGGCACACUAAAGGAGUCACUUUCGCUGCUGAUUUCACCAGAAUGUAAUCCGUAUCUCCAGCCUGAUUCGGUGACGGGACGACACACACCUGACUACCUCAUUCAUCUGUGACUGCUUUCACCACAGCAAAUCCAGUCACACAUACAGUACUGACAGACUGGAUUAUUGUAAAAUCUAAUGUACAGUUUCCUCGUGCUCUUCUGCACACUUGAUUCUGUGAACAGCCAAUGUUUUUUUUGUUUGUUUUUUUUUUGACGCUGUGACGUUUUCUCUGAAGACCCAUUCAGUAUCUCUCUUUUGCACUUUCUAAAAAAAAACACCGCCUGGACCUGCUGAACGGGCAGACAUCUGAAUCAACAGUCCACUACUGGACAUCAGACGUCCUGCUGUUUCUGUUCGACUGCCUGUGUAGAAACACCAAAUCAUCACGCAAUACUCAAACCGCCAGCAGAUCCUGAUCUACUUCAGCUAUUACCGGCUCAACCGGGUCUCUUUUACAUGGGAGUUGUCAUGUUUCUGCUGUCGAAUUUAUUAAAUCUAAAAUAAAUAAUUACAAAUAUUAAUGUAUUUCUUCCAGUUCUGACUUUUAGUGCCAGAAUUGAAAGAAUCUUGAGUCUAGUGAUAGUGGGAAAGUCUGAAUUGCAAGAAAUAAAUCAGAAUUCUGAGAGCCUAUGAAUUCAGAAUUGAGCGAUUGAGAGUCAAAAUUGCAAAAAUAAAUAUUUAAAUCAUUUCUUUUAUAUAAUUUUAAUCUCAAGACAGACAUAUUUCUGUUUUUUUUUAUGUUUUAAAUAUAAUGUUAUUGCAGAACAUGCAGAAUUACUGAAAGUAAUCUACACUACCUGACAAAAGUCUUGUCGUGCAUCCCAGUUGUAGAAGCAACAAAUAACAACUUGACUUCUAGUUGAUCAUUUGGAAAAGUGGCAGAAGGUCGAUUUUUCCUGAUGAAUUCUGUUGAGCUGCAUGACAAUCAUCACAAAUACUGCAGAAGACCUACUAGAACCGGCAUGGACCCAAGAUCCUCACAGAAAUCAGUCAGAAAAGUCAUGGUUUGGGGUUACAUUCAGUAUGGGGGAGUGUGAGAGAUC